GGAACCAGAGGCGGGGGCCCGGUUUCCAGCCGGUUGCGGAGAGACAAGCACUUCCGGGGACUGAAGCGUGCGCGCUGAGGCAUGCUGGACGUGUGCGGGGUCUCUUCCGGAGUCUUUUCCUGGGCCAGGUCGCUGAGGUGAGUGUGUUUCGGCCUGGCCUGGGCAGGCCCUUGUGCUGCCGCGGCGCCGGGCCCGGGGAGGCCGGGGUGUCGGGCGGCCGCCGGCCCAGGCGCUGGACCGCGCAGCAGGAUGGUGAAGGCGAAGGUCCCCGCCUCCAAGCGCGCCGCGAGCAGCCCCGUGGCUAAGCCGGGUCCUGUCAAGACGCUCACUCGGAAGAAAAACAGGAAGAAAAAAAGGUUUUGGAACAGCAAGGCGCAGGAAGUAAGCAAGAAGUCAGGAGGCGGCCCUGGUGUUGUGGUGCGACCUCCAAAGGCACCAGAAGACUUUUCUCAAAACUGGAAGGCGCUGCAAGAGUGGCUGCUGAAACAAAAAUCUCAGGCCCCAGAAAAGCCUCUUGUCAUCUCUCAGAUGGGUUCCAAAAAGAAGCCCAAAAUUAUCCAGCAAAACAAAAAAGAGACCUCACCUCAAGUGAAGGGAGAGGAGAUGCCGGCAGGAAAAGACCAAGAGGCCAGCAGGGGCUCUGUUCCUUCAGGCUCCAAGAUGGACAGGAAGGCGCCAGUACCUCGCAGCAAGGCCAGUGGAGCAGAGCACAAUAAGAAAGGAACCAAGGAAAAGACAAAUGGUGAUAUUGUUCCAGAAUGGGGGGACAUCAAGCAUAAGAAGCGGAAAGCUAAGGAGGCAGCCCCGGCCCCACCCACCGAGGAAGACAUCUGGUUUGACGACGUGGACCCGGCGGAUAUCGAAGCUGCCAUAGGUCCAGAGGCGGCCAAGAUAGCGAGGAAACAGUUGGGUCAGAGCGAGGGCAGCGUCAGCCUCAGCCUCGUGAAAGAGCAGGCCUUCGGCGGCCUGACAAGAGCCUUAGCCUUGGACUGUGAGAUGGUGGGCGUGGGCCCUAAGGGGGAGGACAGCGUGGCCGCCCGUGUGUCCAUCGUGAACCGGUAUGGGAAGUGCGUUUAUGAUAAGUACAUCAAACCAACUGAGCCCGUGACGGACUAUAGGACAGCGGUCAGUGGGAUUCGGCCUGAGAACCUCAAGCAGGGAGAACAGCUUGAAGUUGUUCAGAAGGAAGUGGCAGAGAUGCUGAAGGGCAGAAUUCUAGUAGGACACGCUCUGCAUAAUGACCUGAAGGUACUGUUUCUUGAUCAUCCAAAAAAGAAAAUUCGAGACACACAGAAAUAUAAACCUUUCAAGAGUCAAGUAAAGAGUGGAAGGCCAUCUCUGCGACUACUUUCAGAGAAGAUCCUUGGGCUCCAGGUCCAGCAGGCAGAGCACUGUUCGAUUCAGGAUGCCCAGGCAGCAAUGAGGCUGUACGUCAUGGUGAAGAAGGAGUGGGAGAGCAUGGCCCGAGACAGGCGUCCCCUGCUGACCGCUCCAGACCACUGCAGUGACGACACCUAGCAGCCCUGCCCUGCUGCUGCUGCUGCCCCCCUACAGAGGCAAUGUGACCAGUCACAGGGACAGAUCACAUCUCCCCACAGUGUCUACUCUGGUGAAACCUUUUCAGAAUCAUGGCAGGGGGCAUGGCAUGGUGUUACUGAGAAUGUCCUCCUUCCUCUUGACUUCGUGGUCUGAAA